GUGUUUGGCGUUCCGUUCCUUUCCUUCCCUUCCCAUCCUCGCUGUCAUUCACGAUGGCCCGCAAACUUCGAGCAGCUGCCCAAGCAGCAGCUCAAUCAAUGAGGAAUGCCGCACCUCCGCUCCCCGAUGCCUCUGAUGAGGAAAUGAUUGAAGCCCCGCCGUCGCGCGGCUCGUCCCCGGCCAUGGCAGAUCUCAGGGAUGCGUCGGAUAAGGAUCCUGAUGCGGAGGGCCAAACAGAUCCUGUCCAGGAAGACGAAGAGGCGGCAACACCGGCACAAGACUCCAACGCGCCAUCACGAGGCGAAACCCCGACGCGCUCUGGAGGUCGCAUAUCAGCCAUCCCACGCAAACGGCGCAUAGGACGUCCCCCCAAGAACCGCCCCCCAGACUGGGAUACGCCCGAUGAUGGUUCUGCGCCUGCGCCGAUUCACGUGAGCACGCCCGUCAAGAGGAGACGAGGACGACCUGCUGCCAGCGGUGGACGAUGGGCGCGCAACCGAGGACCGUCGCAUGUUACACAGGUUCCCAUCGACAAGGAAGGAAAUAUGAUGGAUGUCAUCGACGAUGAAGUGGCUCUGCCUGACGACCCGGAGGGGGAAACUAAGGUCGACAAGUGCGGAAAUCUGCUAGGUGGUCGCGAUUAUAGGGUUCGUGUGUUCACGAUUCUCAACCGCGGCGAUCGGAAAUACAUGUUGUCUACAGAGCCGGCUCGCUGCAUCGGGUUCAGGGAUUCGUACUUGUUCUUCCAGAAACACAAGUUCCUGUACAAGAUAAUCAUUGACGAUGACGCCAAACGCGAUUUGAUCGAAAGAGAAAUCAUCCCCCACUCCUACAAAGGCCGAGCCAUCGGUGUCGUUACUGCCAGGUCCGUGUUCCGGGAAUUUGGCGCGAAGAUCAUUGUGGGAGGGAAAAAGGUUAUCGACGAUUAUCAUACCCAGGCAGCAAGAGAACGGGGAGAUGUAGAGGGUGAACUUGCGGUUCCCGAAGAUAGGAUUCCUCCCCCAGGAGAACCCUACAACAAGAACCAGUAUGUUGCAUGGCAUGGAGCUAGUAGUGUCUACCACACCACAACGCCCUCAGUUCCCUUGCCCACCGGCAAGGUCGUGGAUUCGAAGAAGCGCAAGGUUACUGUUACAGGCGAUAACUGGAUGCUCGAGCACGCGCGCGAAGCAAGCAACUUCAAUAGCCUUAUAUCUCAGGCACGUCGCAUGAACCUAGAGGGCCAAUACGACAUUCACACCAACAUCAUGCAAUACCCCAAGAUCAUGCAGCCCUCGCAUGCUCGCUGGGAGCGUGUACCGCCGCCUGAUCCGCGCGUCGCAAGUAGAUUGGCACAGGGACUGUCGACUCUCCGGUUGACCAAUGGUAAAGACAACGACGAGCCAGCCGUUGUGGCCGACAAUGAUGGCGAUGACUCGAUGAAUGAGGCCAGCGACACAGCAACAACAAGCGAAGCCACCGCUCCUGAAAAACCCGCCAUCUUCUCCUCCGUUCCCCUGGCCCUAUCUCGUCGCUUCGCCAUCCACGACGUUCACUUUGAAGCUCCCCCAUAUUCCAACCUCGGCGUUCCCGGACCAGACGGCGAUGUGCACGAUGUCGGCUCCAACGGGUUCAUCAGUGUCGCCGAUCCCAAGCAUGCUGAGUUUAUGAGCCCAGAAGUCCUCGCGGAACUUCCUCCCGACUGCCAAGAAGCGCUUCUCGAUGCUGCCGCGCAUGAAUUGGAAUGGAAGUCGAAAUGGACCAGCGAGGCCACCGACGGAGCCCGGAGCAAUCCACUCAAGAGCUACGCCUGGUUUCCUUGAUGCGCGCCACGCUAUCUUUUUUCCCCGAUCCCGCGGCUAAGUCUGCAGGCCAAGCCGAAUAACUGGCCACCCUAAAAUGUGCCCAUUAUUCUUUGGAGUGCUGUGCGAGAAGCUGCCCGGGAACGGAUAGAGAAAUGUCACGAUAAACGCUCCUUCCGACUACUGAUCAUGUAACGGCGUCUUCGUUUCCCAGGUAUACGUUUCAUAUCCAUGUGUUUCAUCCUUUUACACAACCAAUUUGAUCCUAUUCGGCACAAGGAAAGGGGGUGGAAGGUGUCCGGUUUUCACGCGCUUUGACGGUUUUUUUUUUCCUUUAUUUACUUUUGCAAGAAAAGAUUUAUGUCCUUGGAGUUGGCGCGUUCCCUAUUUCAAAAUCAAUCGAUCAAUUGGGUCUAUGAAAUGUGUAUUAAUAGCUUUUCUAAUCUGAUGGCUGACUGAGG